AAAAAGAUUUUUUUUGUUUUCCCUUUUCCUUGGUGUCAAAAUGAUGUCCAAUAACAAACAUUAUCACCAGCCAUAAGGUUCCGGGGACUGAGCACAGCGGAGCAGAGUGGCUGAGAAGAUGAUCACCGCCACCAGCAUGGCCACCGGCGGUAGCAGCUCCGUCUUUCUCUCCGUCCCAACACUACCAUCCCAAAAGUUGCAAAUUUUAUCUCACAAACAACUCUUUUUCACAAACAAAAAGUGGUCUACGUUGCCCUUUCUCUGUUCUUCUUCAACUUCUUCAACUCCACUUGUAGAAGAAGAAGAAAAAGAAACUGGGUCUAGUGACGAUGUCCUUCCAGCUUCGAUAAAUGAAGAAUCUAGUUCAGUUUUACCUCCCGGAGCAUGUAAGGGUUGUGGGAGAUUGGAGAUUGAAAGUGGUUGUAAUGGCGAAGGACGGAUACAAGGAGGGAUUGCAACAAUUCCAGGGUUUGGUUGGUGGCCGAUCAAGGCUUACAGGCCGUGCCCUGCGUUUGUUGCUUCUGGUGGUAGGUACAAAAGGUUUGGACAAAGCAUGGAUGAAGUUGUCUCUGGGAAAGGAGGUAGAGUUAGUUCUGUCGGAACUGACGUUGAGGUUCAAUCAAGCACGAAAAAGAACGGAACGAAGAGAUCGAAGAGCUAACUGUUGGAAUGUAAUUUCAAGAGAUUGGAGGUAGUUUGGCUGAGCAUGGAGUUUAAUCUACUAACUUGGCAGUUUCCUUGUCUCUCUAUAGAUUUUUUGUUGAUAAAAACUUGAAUUGUGUGUAUUUAUACAAAUCCCAAAUGGUUAUUUGUGUUAGCAAUUGUAAUCAAGAUGAACUAUGUUGUUUUAUUUCCAA